AAGUUCGUCCUCGAAAACAGACUGUGUAACAACGAAUUUAGUUUUAAUCUAACAGUAAUUUGAAGACAUAUGUUGUGUGCGCAUAGACUUUGGACAGAGAAAUCCAAGUGCGUUUGGAUUAAAUUGUUGGAUUUGGACCGUGUUUAAACUAAAACAUGGUUUCAUGAACGCAUCAGCCUGCAAAGGUUGACAUUAUGUGAAUGUGUUGUUCAUGACAGGCUCCGGACACAAUGUGAACCUGAUUUCCAAGCCGCUCGCUCGCGAGCUAUUCUCGACAUGACAUGAAGCGGCGUGAUCUCGCCCCGCGAAAUCAUUACAAACGCCGGCAUCUGUCGCUUUACAUGUAACUUUACUCGUUGUUUCACACAGCCGGACGGGAGGACGCAAUGGACGCGCGGACGGGAGGCGCGUUUCUUUUGACGCUUUUCACAACUUUCUGCAGCGUUGUCCACUCGACGUACGGACCGUGGAAGACCAGUUAUCACGCCAGUCGUGGGAAUCAUGUGGCAGAAGGGCGAUCCUCGCAGCCUCACAUUAUUUUUAUUAUGGUGGAUGACCAGGGCUUUCGAGACGUGGGGUACCACGGCUCCGAGAUAAAGACCCCGACACUGGACAGACUGGCCGCGACGGGAGUCAAACUGGAAAACUAUUACGUCCAGCCGCUGUGCAGCCCGUCCAGGAGCCAGCUGAUGACCGGCAGAUACCAAAUCCAUACCGGUCUCCAGCACUCCAUCAUUCGACCCACCCAGCCCAACUGUCUACCUCUGGAGAACGUCACGCUUCCUCAAAAACUGAAGAGCGCUGGAUACUCCACUCACAUGGUUGGAAAGUGGCAUCUUGGGUUCUACAAGCGUGGCUGUAUGCCCACGCAGCGAGGCUUUGACACCUUCUUCGGCUCCUUGUUGGGUAGCGGCGACUACUACACCCAUUACAAAUGUGACAGUCCGGGAUUGUGCGGGUACGAUCUUCACGAAGGCGAGGAGGCUGCCUGGGAGCAGGAUCACGGCGUCUAUUCCACCACCAUGUACACGCAGAAGGCCGUAAACAUCCUGGCAUCCCAUGAUCCCAAACGUCCCAUCUUCCUCUACUUGGCCUACCAGGCGGUACACUCGCCCCUGCAGGUCCCCGCUCGUUUCCUCGAACGCUACAAGUCCAUCCCGAACCUGCACCGUCGCAAGUACGCGGCCAUGGUCAGCUGCUUGGACGAGGCGGUACGCAAUAUUACUCUCGCUCUUAAACACUACGGCUAUUACGACAACACGGUUCUGGUUUACUCUUCGGAUAAUGGCGGUCAGCCGAUGGCGGGAGGCAGCAACUGGCCGCUGAGGGGAAGUAAAGGAACCUACUGGGAAGGUGGGAUACGUGCGGUUGGGUUUGUUCACAGCCCCCUGUUGGUCAAGAAGGGAACUACAAGCCGGGCUCUGAUGCACAUCACUGACUGGUACCCAACACUGGUGACGCUCGGGGAAGGGACGCUGGACGAGAACCAGAAUCUGGACGGGUACGAUGUUUGGGAAGCCAUCAGCGAAGGACGUCCGUCUCCUCGACUGGAUAUUCUUCACAACAUAGACCCCAUCUAUAUCAAAGCCAAGAACGGCUCCUGGAAGGCGGGAUUCGGAAUCUGGAACACGGCCGUGCAGGCGGCGCUCCGUGUGGGCGAUUGGAAGCUCUUGACGGGUGUGCCGGGAUACGGAGACUGGAUUCCACCGCAGACCUUUUCCACGCUGUUGCUGGCCAACCGUUGGCACAAUGAGCGCAUAAGUUGGCAACGGGGCAAAUCUAUAUGGCUGUUCAACAUCACGGCCGAUCCGUACGAGCGGGUGGACCUUUCUAGACGCUACCCACAUGUGGUUAAGAAGAUGCUGUUCAGACUUCUGCAGUACAACAAGACGGCCGUGCCGUGCCGCUAUCCACCCAAAGACUAUCGCUCCAAUCCUCAGUACAACGGCGGGGUUUGGGGUCCCUGGUACACGGAUGGCGACGAAGAGGAGGAUAACAAUAUGCUCCCGUAUGAUUUAGAAAAGAGUUGGAAGAAAGCGAAACGAAGAGGGAAAUUGAAAAGACAAUCCUGAGGUUUGGUUCAUGGUGCCUGUGUGAACUCAGGGAGUUUUCAUGUUCACUGAUGUUCAGUAUAGAUUUACCUCCGAUUUCACGAGAGCAAUUUAAUUUUAUGAAUGUGCAGAGACAGCUGUAAGUAAACUACACGAGGAGUGUAAACACUGUGACUCUGGUGCUUUCAACAUUGCUCUGAGAGCUCGUGCAGUCUGAUACUGUAUAUAAACAUGACGCAACCGAUGGUGUAAGUUUGGGGUAAGAUUACCAGUUUGUCCAAACAGUGAAAGACAGAAGAUUGUGGCACAAACAUGUCAGACCUUCCAAGACAAGAAUUGAGAAAUGACAACUGUGCUUUACACGUCUAGGAGAAAAACCACUGGAAUUCAUUGAAAUCAGACUUCGUUGAUGGUGCUAUAUUCUUAGCAAACAUUUGAAACGAGAGAAAAUUGAAUUGUAUAGAUGAUGAGAAACAAUUUAAAACCUCAGAGAAAGCAAAGUACAAAUAAGAAGCAUAUACUGUAUUUUACAGUGUAUUUGAUUAUUUUUGUGAUCUCAGUCUUUAGAUGGUUAUGUUUGCUGUUUGUUUUGACUCUUCUGGCGUCAGCUUAUCUUGAAUGUAAGACUAAUACACACUUUUCACUUUUGCUGUCUGGUACAUUUUCAGUUCGGUUUUGUUAUACAGAACCUGCUACUAAUAAGACGGACGUGCAUUCAAUCAUAUCUAAAUACACAAACUAACAUACAUACAGACUGACAGUUUUUCUUCUGUUGCUAUAGUUUGAGUUCAUUUGAAUCCAUUA